CACAUGAAACUGAAAAACCAAACUCAGCUUUCAGAAUUCCUUCUUCUGGGAUUCUCAGAGGACCCAGCACUGCAGCCUCUCAUCUUUGGGCUGUUCCUCUCCAUGUAUCUGGUCACUGUAAGUGGGAACUUGCUCAUUGUACUGGCCAUCCUCUCUGAACCACACCUCCACACGCCCAUGUACUUCUUUCUCGCCAACCUGUCCUUGGUGGAUGUCUGCUUCACCUCCACCACCAUCCCCAAGAUGUUGAUGAAUAUCCAGACGCAGAGCAGAUCCAUCAGCUAUGCAGGAUGCAUCACUCAGAUGCUCUUCUUUCUCCUAUUUGGAAGCGUAGAUGACUUGCUUCUGGCUGUGAUGGCCUAUGACCGGUUUGUUGCCAUCUGUCAUCCCCUGCACUAUACAGUCAUCAUGAACUCCCAGCUCUGUGUGCAGCUCGUUCUGUUGUGCUGGAUCAUUGGUGUUCUGAAUGCCCUUAUGCAUAGCUUACUGGUGCUGAGGCUGAGCUUCUGCACACACAUAGACAUGCCCCACUUCUUCUGUGAGAUAAAGCAGGUGGUCCACAGAGCCUGUUCUGACACCUUUCUUAAUGAACUCAUGAUGUAUCUUGUAGCUGUGCUGCUGGCAGGGGGUCCCCUGUCUGGGAUCCUGUACUCUUACUCUAAGAUUGUCUCUUCCAUCCGCGCCAUCUCAUCAACUCAGGGCAAGUAUAAAGCCUUUUCCACCUGUGCCUCUCACCUCUUGACCAUCUCCUUAUUUUAUGGCACAAUCAUUGGUGUGUACCUCAGUGCCAGCGCUCUCCCAAGUUCAGCCUCAACUGCAGCAGCCUCUGUGAUGUACACCGUGGUCGUUCCCAUGCUGAACCCCUUCAUAUACAGCCUGAGGAACACAGACAUGAAGAGAGCUCUGAAAAAACUGCUAAGUACAAUGACCAAG